CCUGCGCUCCUAGGACGCGUCUGGAGAUUGAGGUUCCUAUCGCACCCCUCUGCAGCCCGGCUGCCCUAUGUGCAUUCCGCAGCUGCACCUGCUGAUGGUGGUGAUCCUGAUGCUUCCUGACGCCGCCGGACCUCAGCCCUUCUCCCCAACCCAGGCUCUGCCCACCUUCUCCGCCCUGGAGCCAGUGACGCCCGAAGUGGCUACUGCAGCUCCACCGGACUCCUCUGAGGGCCCUACUCCCGGGACCCCGUCGAUGCCCGAGAACGUGACCACAGACCCCUUCCCAGCCUUGCCGAUCUGCGUCUGUGACUUGACUCCUGGUACCUGCGAUUUAAACUGCUGCUGUGAUAAGGACUGCGACCUUCUCCAUCCCAGGACAGUCUUUUCCUUCUGCCUUCCUGGUAGUGUAAGAUCUUCCAGCUGGGUGUGUGUCGACAACUCUCUUAUCUUCAGGAGCAACUCCCCAUUUCCUUCCAGGGUUUUCACGGAUUCCAGUGGAAUUACACACUUUUGUGUCCUUGUGAAUGACUCAAAACUAAAUUAUUUCCAGAAGCUCCAAACAGUCAAUGCAACUAACUUCGAGGCCCUGGCUGCUGAGUUUGGAGGCCAGUCCUUUACUUCGACAUCAAAAGCCCAGCCGCCAUUAGCGUUUUACAGGGCUGGGGAUCCCAUCCUGACGUACUACCCCAGCUGGUCUGUCGUGAGCUCACUGAGGCAGCCUGCAGCAGUGGGAGCUGGGGGAUUCUGUGCCGAGGGCCAUGCUGCAGGCUUCCUGGAGAGAAAAAGCACAACCUGCACUCGCUUCUUCAGGGACCUGGCCAGUAGCUGCACCUCGGAGCCAGCCCUGGACGCUGCCACUUACCACAACUUCAGAGUCUUGAAGGUUCCAAGAGGUAUGACUGAUCUUCAGAAUACACAGCUCCAGGUUCCUGUAACACUUACCUCACAAACCAGUCCUCCUCUGUUGGCUGGAAACACGUGUCAGAAUAUAGUUUCCCAGGUCAUCUAUGAGAUAGAGACCAAUGGGACCUUUGGGAUCCAGAAAGUGUCUGUGAGCUUUAGACAGACCAACCUGACUGUCAGGCCGGGUGUUUCCUUACAACAAGGCUUUGUCGUUCACUUCAGGGCAUUUGAACAACGCGUGGCUGCUUUUUCUACUCCCAGAAGUGGGAAUCCCGGCUACCUCAUCGGGAAGCCACUUUUGGUGCUAACUGAUGACUUUGGUCACUCGAUGACCCUUUUGCAGAGCGAUGGUAAUGGACUUUGUUCUGGUAAGAGACAUGGAAUACAGUUUGGAGUGAACACAAUAUCUGGCUGCAAAUUAAGACCCACAGAGGUGAACUGCAGCCAUUUGCAGAGGGAGAUUUACCAGGCUCUUCAUGGAAGGCCUAGACCAGAGCACGUCGCCAUCUUUGGUAAUGCUGACCCAGCCCAGAAAGCAGGGUGGACCAGGAUCCUCAGCAGGAACUGCAGUGUUUCGGCUGUUAAUUGCUCUUCCUGCUGUUUCAUACCAGUUUCCCUGGAGAUCCAGGUGUUGUGGGCACAUAUAGGGCUUCAGUCCAACCCACAAGCUCAUGUGGCAGGAGCCCGGUUCCUGUACCAGUGCAAGUCUGUACAGGAGCACCAGAGAGGGAUAGAAGUAUCUUUGACAACUCUUGUGAACUUUGUGGACAUUACUCAGAAGCCAGAGACACCACGGGGUCAACCUAGAACGGACUGGAAACUGCCAUUUGAUUUCUUCUAUCCUUUCAAAGUGGCAUUCAGCAGAGGGGCCAGUGUUCAGGACUCAGCCUCUCCUGUGCUCAUCUUGUGCAUCUUUCUACUUGGAGUUCUCAACUCACAGACUAAGUGAAAGCGGAAAAAUAAUCAGGUUUCAUUCUUCCCUAUGGGAAAUUCUAAGAUGGCCUGCUUGUCUUGGCCGAAGAGGUCCCCACUUACUCAUGAUUACAGGAGGACAUUUAGGGAAACACAACCUAACUAAAGGAAAUUGUUUUCCCCAUUUCUCACUGUGUAACCUUGGCUGGCCUGGAGUUCCCAGUGUAAACCAGGCUGG